CGCCGCGCUGUUCCAACUUUCUCUCGCCAGAGCCUGAUAGCAGAAUUGUUUUGCUACUCAAUUCUCUCUGGAUAACUAGUUUUACUAGUUACUAAUCUCGCCGUUCUUUUUGUCUUCUCUCUACUGGCAAGAAGAUGAUUAGAACUCUUACCCGAGCCAGCCGCCGCCUUCCAGCUUCUUCGCCGAAGGCUGCCACCGCUUUCUGCUCUCCGCCCUCUAUCAUGUCUCCGUCGCUCCCCAUCCCUCUGUCGUCUUGUAUGUCGCGUAUGAAUUCUACCGACGCAUACUCGGAGCCUGAGGUGACCGAUAUGAAAGCGAGCAAGGAGUAUGAGAAAUUUGAGGAUCUCACUCAAUUGGACCCUUUGAUUGUCAGAGGACUCACCGAGCACAUGGGAUUUACAAAGAUGACCGACGUUCAACGGAAAGUCCUGCCGUAUCUUUUGAACCCCAGGACCGCGGGUUCUGACGCUGUCGUUCAGAGCCAUACCGGAACCGGUAAAACGGUGGCAUUCCUGACUCCGAUUAUCCAAGAAGUGUACGCUCAGAACAAAGCGAAACGUGACACCAGACAUAAGGUCGCAAGGCCUCAAGUUGUGAUCAUCACGCCGGCUCGCGAGCUCGCGUUCCAGAUCAAAACAGAGGUCGAAAAAAUCUGCCACGUCAUUGCUGCGGAAGACAAACUAGCGUGUCCGCGGGUUUCGGCGGUCACUGGAGGCGUGUCGGCAAAGCUAAAAUAUGAUGAAAUCUACGGCUCGAAGACCAAGGGCUGUGACAUCAUCGUCGCAACUCCAGGACGCCUCGCUGAUGACAUGAGUCAGUACCAGGACAUGUUCAGAUUCGUCAGGACGAAAGUAUAUGAUGAGGCCGAUUCUCUACUGGACCGUGGAUUUGAAAAGACCAUGAAGGAGAUCAAUACCUUGCUUAACGGAGUUGCUAAUGUCAAGCAAACGCUUAUGUUCUCUGCCACCAUUCGCGAGGACGUCAUCAACAUCGCCAAAAAUGAGAUGGGAAAGAACUUCUUGGUACUCCGGACUUCAGGGGAAGAAGCGCUUCCCGCCUACAAAAGAAUUCCUCAGACAGUCAUCCACGUGAAGCGUAUCGGUGACCAGAUGGAGCCUCUGGUCAGCUUGCUGCAACAGCGUGCAGAAGAGGUGGUGAAAGAUCCGUCCAAAGGAUACAAAGCCAUCGUCUUCAUGCGCACGGGUUUGGAGGUCAAGCAUUAUUCCGCUGUCGUUCACGAAAUUUUGAAAGAGGUUAAUCCUAUGAUGACUGUGACGAAAAUGUUAUCCCGCAUGUCUCAGUCUAAUCGUCUGAGAAAUCUGGAAGAGUUUAAAAGGGCCAAAUCGGCGGUUUUGCUCUCUACAGAUGUCCUCGCCCGCGGAAUCGACAUCAGCAAAGUCACGGAGGUAUUCCAGAUCGGCAUGGCGAGUGACUUUGAGACGUAUGUCCAUCGUACCGGACGAACCGGACGUGCAGGCAAUGACGGCGCCGGUACUGUGAUCUUGUCUCAUAGAGAGCGCAGUUUCUUCUUGGACCUUGUGAAGAACGGUGUCAAUUUCACGCAAAAGCUGGUGUACAACACCGACCCAGCACUGGCGGAAUAUAUCAACAAUAUCGCAAAGGAGGUGGUUCUCAAGGAUCAGAGAAUCCAUAAAAACAAAAUCAUCUCUACACGACGUAGAGGCCAAUCUCAACUUGAGCAGGGUGGGCUUGAUAUCGCAUCUACGAUCACUUCCUUGGUGGGAUACUACUCCUCCCGUCUGAAACUCCCAGAUCAGAUUGGUAAACUCAAGUUUUUGAAGGAGCUGAUCGAGAGUGCUGGUGAAACUUUGGGAGCGGAACAGGGAACGAUGCUGGAUAUUAGCAAGAGUACUCAGAAAUCUCUGCUAAAGAGCUUACGUCUUAGACCAGAUGAAGUACGCCCUUUUAUGACCCCGAGGGAGAAUAGUUUUGUUAGCACAGGCAGCAACGGCAAGUAUUGAUGGACUCUUAUUCACUUAUGUACUCGUUAUUAUCAGAACAGUCCGGAUUUAUUGUGAUAUACUUUUUGGCAGUUUUGGGUCUCCACU